UGAGCUUCGCGCAUUAGAAAGCCGUCGCUGCAUACAAAGAUGCAUUGAGGGAGAAUCAACAGUGUGUGUAAGAUCGAUGCAAUACGGGAGGAGCGGCGGGCACCCUGGCGGCCAUCGGCUGGUCGCUCCUGGCCUCGCGCCGCGGGCCAGCGAGAGAGAGAGUCGACCUGGGGCCUUUCCCGACAUCUUGUGGCGGGCAUCGGGGGUCACGACGCGGCCUGGCAGCGGUCUACGCGUGACUGUAAGACACAUGGACGUCCCCCAACACCUCUCAGAGCCCCAGGGAAUACCUCCACUGGCUCAACACACUCGUCACCACUCUCGCUCCGAACCGACCGGUAGACCUCUGCAUUACCAACCGCCCAGGAACCAGCGACGAAGCAGUCUGCGCGACACUCCACGUCUCCUACCUCGACAGACGGCACACUCCUUCCCCACCGAGCCCCCAGCCGCCUUCCCAGCUACCUCCUCUACAGCGCACCCCAAGGCAACUCGUACAAUGCUCCCACCUUUACCAGUCAGCCCCCUGCAUUGCGAGGAACCUGCAGAGAAGUCCUCUACUGAGAGUCAGGGAGAAUCUUCGUCGCUGGAAGACAGCGAGGAGGAGAUUUAUUCAGACGAGGAGGGAGAGACCACCCCUCCCAGCAGACCUGGGUUUGAGUCCGAAGCCGAGCAGAGUACCCACGUGUUUGACAUCCCGUUCUCCCCAAUCUCGUGCCCCGACUCUCCAUUCCCUGCCACUCUCCUCCAGGACCAUCUCCAACUGGACUCAGAGAGAUUCACUGCUGCCGUUCUCCCAUCGGGGCUGAGCCCCCGAGUCAAUAACAUCGUCAGGGCCUUCACGAUCCACGGCGCACUAGACCGCCAGUUGCUGAGUCGUGCUCUGGACUCGGUGGCCAGUCUGCACCCAGUCCUG